AUGGCUCGUGCAAGGAAGGGCUUCAAAUCGACGUCUACGCCUAAGCCCAAUACUACCCCAGCCAAGGUUACCAAAUUCCCUACGCCAUGGGAAGCAGUCUCAGGAGGACUCGAGGCAUUCACAUCCACACUACCGAGCGAUCACAUCUACAUCGUACACGUGGAUAAGACACCAGUAGCUGCAAAGAAGCAAGCGUUCCUGGUGCCCAUCGUUCUCAAUACGGUCAUCGUACUGGGCAUGAUUGCACGGAUCUACUACGCUGCACCGAUCUAUUUGAGUCUGAUCAUCGACGUUUUCAACAUCGACACAUCCUACGCCAUCGACCCGUCGAUAGCGACGAAGAAGGACACUGUCUCUACGGUGUUCGCCCGCACGUUUCUCUUCGCGUCCGAUUAUGCUAUCUUCUGGUUGAUUGGAAGCUGGCCACGCGAGUUCGUGGCAGGCAGUGCUAUCAAUCGCUUUGUUGGACAUCUCGGAUGGCGUAUGAGCGUUGGUCUGCAGAAGGAGGAGAUCAUCGUGAGAAGGGGCAGGAAAUGGGAUAGCAGCAUUGCGCAGCCCGAGAAGGACUGGAGCGUUGAGGAUGAGCUGACCAUGAAGGUCAAAGUGGAGGCUGCCAUGAGCAGAUCCUACACCAGCAAGACCGGUCUUUCUCUUCUCGACAGGGACUGGGACCUCGACUAUAAGGGCAUGACAGAUGCGCAUCGAUUCAUCGAGGACGGUCGUGCGACGAUCGAGGAACUCGAAGACUGCGCAUUGGUGUCUUAUCAGGAUCAGUGGCUCUUCUGGCGUGUUCACGAGAAGGUCAGCGAAGCGAAUGGAGCGAGCGAUCCAAAGGUUCAGGACUUCAAGCAGAAGCUGGCUGACUAUGGCUGCGAGAGCGUGUUCUACCGUUACAUGGAACUGCUGCAGUAUGAAACUAAUCAGCCUGUGGCCGAUCUUGAUGAAGUGCGUUCGAGACUGGAGAAGGAGCUCAAGCGCUCGAUGAAGGCAAAAAAGCCCGACGUAGACUUCGAUCAGUUCUUGAAGGACAUCGGCGGUCCUGAAAGCAUUCCAGGCUUUGAGGAUUGA